CCAUGAAAAAAAAAAUAGUCCAAAGAUUAAUGAAAAAAAAAAAAAAUAGUCCAAUCUCUUUCUCUCUUUACUUCUCGACCGUGACAUCAAUGGUUGAAACACGGCGUUCUCUUUUCUACCCUUCUUGGAAACAGGCAGUGUAACGUAUGUAAAUCCAACUCUACCCAUCUCCACUAUGUAUUCCGGCAACGCAUUUCCAUCUUAUUGAUCGACAGCGAGAACAGCUCCAGCUCAGUACCAUCGGCAAUCCAAUGGAUGCUUAUACCCGUGGGGUUUCCCGUAAUAUACGCAUGGACAGCCAUACCAUGAUGGACAUCGACAGUUGGACCUGUGAGAUGAGAUCUCAGUCAGAUCUUGCCAUGUCGUACAGUAGCGGUGCUCAGCCACCGUCCAUCGGAAAUGUGAGGCCAAUCGUCGUUUCUGAACCAUCCGGCAGUAGUCAGAUGUACAGCGAUGGACAGCCACCAUCGGUCAACGGCGUAUGUAGACAAGCACCAUCUCAAAGUGAGGCAUCUUGCACCCGCUAUGAAGGUCCUGAUGAGCAUGAAGUUCAGCAGGUGAUCUACAAGAGAGGAGCAAAUGAUAUUACUGCAUAUUCAGGCCAUGACGAUCGUACACAAGACCUGGUUUCAGGGUUUUCUGGUUCGAAUGUUUUCCAGUCGGUUGGAGUUAAACCUAUGAUUUUGAACUCCCUUGAUUUGGCCAUAAACGAAAAUGGUUACUUGAACAGCAGUGUUCCGGUCCCACCACCACAAAGGUUUCAGCAAGUGCCGACCUAUGUCAAGGUGUACAAGAGAGGAGCAGGUGAAAGGUCAAUUGAUAUUAGUGCAUAUUCAGGGUUUUAUUAUCUUAAACAAGAAUUGGCUCGGAUCUUUGGAAUGGAGGGUCAACUAGACUAUGCACUGAGAAGUGGCUGGCAACUUGCCUUUCUGGAUCAUGACAAUGGCACUCUCCUUCUUGGGGAUGAUCCUUGGGAGGUGUUUGUAAAAAACGUACAGUGCAUCAAGAUCUUAUCUCCUCAAGAAGUCUUUCAAAUUGCCAUGGGUGUGGAACGGUUUUAACAGUUUAAAGGUCGUGAUAAAUGUGGUGGAUGAAACUAUCCAUAAUAUCACGCAUAUUUCCCUCUCUAAUCUAUUUUCUUCUUCUUCUUCUUCAAGAUUUGAAUUUCAUAAUUAUGGAGAGUAGAGAGAGAAAGCAGUUGCGUCUUUCUUAGUUGCUUCACAAGUUCUAGAUUUUUUUUAUGAUCCAUCAAGCUUAGGAAUGUAAUUUUACUCUUCUUUAGUAGUAGUUAAUUGUAAGAUUUUUGUUUUGUAACGAAUAUAUGCAUAUUAUUGAUGUUUGCUUGUUUCUAUUUCACGAUCAAAGAUUGAGAAAUACAGAUUCAUUGAAGCUUCUUGGAAUCUGGGUUUUCAUCUUGUGAAAACUGUUGUUUAUGGUUACUGUUAUCGAUAGUCAACCAUCGGUCAAUGCUCCUAGUUUCUUGGAGGUGGAGUUAUUUAGCCAUGAAUGGGUCCACAAUCUCUAAAGUCUCCGGAGUAAGGGUGAAAUUGGCAGCUGUUACUGAAACUUAAUCGACUUAAAUACCAUGAUUGUUGGAUAUUUUCUGUUUCUAUCAGGAC